CAUUCCGGUUGGGAACUCAUUGUGGAGCGGACUGAGACCGAGAUAUGUCGCUGUUACUAACGCUGAUCGCAAUUCUAGUGUCACUGCUUUUGUUCGUGGCCCGCCGACGUCAUGGAUACUGGCAGAGGAGGGGUAUUCCGCACGAUGUGCCCCAUCCAAUAUACGGGAACAUGAAGGACUGGCCCAAGAAGCGACACAUCGCGAUGAUCUUCCGGGACUACUAUUUGAAGUACAAAUCUUCCGAUUAUCCGUUUGCCGGGUUCUACUUCUUUUUCACCCGGUCUGCUGUCAUCACCGACUUGGAAUUGGUCAAGAGGGUGCUGAUCAAGGACUUCAAUAACUUCGAGAAUCGUGGCAUUUUCUACAACGAGAUCGAUGAUCCGCUGUCGGCCACCUUGUUCAGCAUCGAGGGUCAGAAGUGGCGUCAUCUGAGGCACAAGCUAACACCCACUUUUACGUCCGGCAAAAUGAAGAACAUGUUUCCGAUUGUUGUGAAAGUUGGGGAGGAAAUGGAAAAGGUUUUCAGUGCCAAAACCGCCACAGGUCAAGGUCAAGUUCUGGAAAUUGUGGAUCUGGUGGCUCGUUAUACGGCUGACGUGAUCGGUAAUUGUGCCUUCGGUCUAAAUUGCAAUAGUUUGCAAAAUCCGAAAGCAGAGUUUGUGGCAAUUGGAAAAAGGGCGAUCAUAGAACGUCGUUAUGGAGGACUAUUGGAUUUCCUAAUUUUCGGAUUUCCCAAGCUUUCUCGCCGCUUGCGGCUUAAACUAAACGUGCAGGAUGUUGAGGACUUUUACACAGGCAUCGUUAGGAAUACAAUCGACUACCGAUUGAGGACCAACGAAAAGCGUAACGACUUCAUGGACAGCUUAAUCGAAAUGUACGAGAAGGAGCAGGCUGGAAACACUGAGGAUGGACUGUCCUUCAACGAGAUCUUGGCACAGGCCUUUAUUUUCUUUUUGGCUGGCUUCGAGACCAGCUCUACGACCAUGGGAUUCGCCCUGUACGAGCUGGCCCGCAAUCAGGAUAUUCAGGAUCAACUUCGAGAGGAGAUCAACAGUGUUCUGGGCAAGCACAACAACGAGUUUACCUACGAGGGCAUCAAGGAGAUGAAGUAUCUGGAGCAAGUUGUCAUGGAAACCCUUCGCAAGUAUCCAGUUCUGGCGCAUCUAACGCGAAUGACCCAGACUGAUUUUUCGCCGGAAGAUCCAAAAUACUUCAUUGCCAAGGGAACCAUUGUUGUGAUCCCAGCUCUUGGCAUUCACUAUGAUCCGGAAAUCUAUCCCGAACCGGAGGUGUUCAAGCCGGAGCGAUUUACGGAUGAGGCGAUCGCCGCGAGACCCUCGUGCACCUGGCUUCCGUUUGGAGAAGGUCCCCGGAAUUGCAUCGGUCUUCGGUUUGGACUGAUGCAGGCCUGUGUUGGAUUGGCCUAUCUAAUCCGGGGCUAUAAGUUCAGUGUGUCCGCAGAAACACAAAUUCCCAUGAAGAUUGUCGUGAAAAGCAUUCUUCUGUCUGCUGAGAAUGGCAUUCACCUUAAAGUUGAGAAGCUUUCCAAACAACGCUUGGAAUUGGUUUCUCAGAUCAGUCUGCUCAAAAUGGCGAUCCUGCUCGGUCUGGUGGUCGGUGUCCUUACGCUAGCCGCUUGGUGGGUGCUCCAAAACUACACUUACUGGAAACGGCGAGGAAUUCCCCAUGAUCCACCCAAUAUUCCGCUCGGCAAUACCAGCGAACUUUUGAGAACGAUGCCGCUGGCCAGCAUCCUCAAGCGAACCUAUCUGAAAUUCAGCAAACAAACCGACGGACCCUUUGUGGGCUUCUACCUCUAUGCUAUGAAGUACAUCGUCAUCACGGACGUGGAUUUUCUAAAAACCGUGCUGAUUCGCGAUUUCGACAAGUUUCACGAUCGCGGAGUGUAUCAUAACGAAAAGGAUGAUCCGCUGACCAAUAGCCUGGCAACCAUCGAGGGUCAAAAGUGGAAAAAUCUGCGACAGAAGCUGACCCCAACCUUUACGUCUGUCAAAAUGAAGAGCAUGUUUUCCACGGUCUUAAACGUGGGCGAUGAGAUGAUUCGCGUGGUCGAUGAGAAGCUCUCCAGUUCUUCGCAGACCCUGGAAGUCACUGACCUCGUGUCCCGCUUCACAUCCGACGUAAUUGGCAUCUGUGUUUUUGGGCUGGAAUGCAAUAGUCUGCGGGAUCCUAAGGCGGAGUUCGUCCAAAUGGGCUAAAUUGGCCGUAAAACUAGGAUUCCAGUUCUUCCCUCGGUUCAGAAGUUCUACAUGAAAAUCGUCCAAGACACCAUAGAUUACAGGGUAAAGAGUCGGAAUGAUUUCAUGGACACGUUGAUUGAGAUGAAACUGCAGUACGAUAAUGGCGACAAGGAGAAUGGACUUGCCUUCAAUGAGGUCGCUGCCCAGGCGUUCGUAUUUCUCCUGGCUGGUUUUGAGGCGGAAUCCACAACCAUGGGAUUCACACUUUAUGAGCUGGCCUGCAAUCCUGAUGUUCAGGACAAGUUGAGGGCUGAAAUCGAUAGUGUGCUGGAAAGGCACAAUGGUAAACUAGAAUAUGAUUCCAUGCAGGAGUUGACUUACACGGAAAAGGUGAUCAAUGAAUCGCUAAGGAAACAUCCUGUGGUAGCCCACUUGGCUCGCAUUGCCACCAAGCCGUACCAGCACAGUAAUCCCAAGUAUUACAUCGAGGCCGGCACUGGAGUGCUCGUGUCCAUUCUGGGCAUCCAUCAUGAUCCCGAGUUCUAUCCGGAGCCGGAAAAGUUCAUCCCAGAACGAUUCGAUGAAGAGCAGGUAAAGAAGCGUCCCAACUGCGCUUUCCUACCCUUCGGAGCUGGUCCCCGAAAUUGCAUUGGACUCCGAUUCGGACGGAUGCAGGUCGUCAUUGGAUUGGCCCUGCUAAUACAUAAUUUUAGGGUCGAAUUACAUCCCAAGACGCCAGUGCCGAUGAAAUACACAAUCAAGAAUCUUCUGCUGGGCUCCGAGGGCGGAAUCCAUCUCAAUGUCGCCAAGGUAGUGAGAGACUAAAGUGUUAUUUAUUUAUUUAUUUUCGUUGUUUGUU